CUAGAACGUCAUAUAGCACGUGUGCAUAAUUCACGUCGUCAGUGUUUGUCGUGUGCUGAGAAUUUCUCGUCAAUAGCGCAGUACUGUAGUCAUAUGCGUAUCAUUCAUGCGAUGAUAACGUGCGCCUAUUGUGGUGCUGAGAUGGAGAGCGAUUCAAAGAGGCAUCGUGAGCUGUUCCAUUGGCGUCGCCUGCCAAAACCUCGUGCACAAACCACUGUUCACGUGUCUCACUUCACACAAUCGUCAGAUUGUUCUGCAAAUAACAAUGAACAAGAGCAAAAAGCGAUGCUGAUGGUUCGAAAUGAACAGCCAUAA